AUGUCUGGAUUUGGUGAUCGCAACGGAGGAGGCUACGGCGGCGGUGGCGGCGGCUACGGUGGUGGUGGUUAUGGCGGUGGCCGUGGCGGCUAUGGCGGCGGCGGUCGUGAUCGCGGCGACCGUGGUGGCGACCGCAACGGCUACGGCGGCGGAGGUCGCAACGGCUUCAGUGGCGGCGGCGGCGGUUACGGAGGCGGCGGCUACGGUGGAGGUGGCGGCGGCGGCGGCGACCGCAUGAGCGCUCUCGGAGCCGGUCUGAGGCAACAAGAAUGGGAUCUCUCCUCUAUGCCCAAGUUUGAGAAGUCCUUCUACAAGGAGAGCCCAGAGGUCACCAACCGCUCGGAAGCUGAGGUCGACGAGUUCCGUCGCAAGCACCAGAUGACUGUCGCUGGCAGCAACAUUCCCCGCCCUGUCGAGACUUUCGACGAGGCCAGCUUCCCCCGUUAUGUCAUGGACGAGGUCAAGGCUCAGGGUUUCCCUGCUCCCACCGCUAUCCAGUCUCAAGGCUGGCCCAUGGCUCUGUCGGGUCGCGACGUUGUCGGUAUUGCUGAGACUGGUUCCGGAAAGACUCUUACGUACUGUCUGCCCGCCAUUGUGCACAUCAACGCCCAGCCUCUCCUUGCCCAAGGCGAUGGUCCUAUCGUUCUUGUCCUGGCCCCCACUCGUGAGUUGGCCGUUCAGAUUCAGCAGGAGAUCACCAAGUUCGGUCGGUCUUCGCGUAUCCGCAACACCUGCGUCUACGGUGGUGUCCCCAAGGGACCUCAGAUCCGCGACCUGUCGCGUGGUGUUGAGGUCUGCAUUGCCACCCCCGGCCGUCUCAUCGACAUGCUCGAGGCUGGCAAGACCAACCUCCGUCGUGUUACCUACCUGGUGCUCGACGAGGCUGACCGCAUGCUUGACAUGGGUUUCGAGCCUCAAAUCCGCAAAAUCAUUGGUCAGAUUCGUCCCGACCGUCAGACUCUCAUGUGGUCAGCCACCUGGCCCAAGGAGGUGCGUGCCAUGGCCGGUGACUUCCUCCAUGACUUCAUCCAGGUCAACAUUGGUUCCAUGGAGCUCGCUGCCAACCACCGCAUCACCCAGAUUGUUGAGGUUGUCACCGAGAUGGAGAAGCGUGACCGCAUGAUCAAGCACCUCGAGCAGGUCAUGGACGACAAGGACAACAAGAUACUCAUCUUCGUUGGCACCAAGCGUGUCGCCGACGAGAUCACCCGCUUUCUUCGCCAGGACGGAUGGCCAGCGUUGUCCAUCCACGGUGACAAGCAGCAGAACGAGCGCGACUGGGUCCUCGACCAGUUCAAGACGGGCAAGAGCCCUGUCAUGGUGGCCACCGACGUCGCCUCGCGUGGUAUCGACGUUCGCAACAUCACACAUGUGCUGAACUACGAUUACCCCAACAACUCGGAAGACUACAUUCACCGAAUUGGUCGUACCGGUCGUGCCGGCAACAAGGGUACCGCCAUCACCCUCUUCACUACUGACAACCAGAAGCAAGCUCGUGAUCUCGUCAACGUUCUCCAGGAGGCCAAGCAGAACAUCGACCCUCGCCUCGUAGAGAUGACUCGCUACGGUGGAGGCGGCGGUCGCGGCUACGGUGGUUACGGUCGCGGCCGCGGUGGUGGCCGAGCAAAUGCCAACAGCGCUCCGCUCGGCAACCGACGAUGGUAG